AUGCGAAUCGUGUUGGCCGCGAUUUUGUUGUGCGUUCUGGUGAAAUGUCACAUUCAAAAGACGACCGAGAUUCGGGCUACAAAAGGCCGCUUCAUGACUCACAUGCUACAUUCGGCCUACUUUUUCGGUCAAUCAGGUAGGCACGGGGAGUGUGUUUGAAAGCGAUCAGAAUGUACGAAGAGAGAGUGAACGGAUUGAUCAAGUUACAUGUCUUUUGUUUAGCUAUAUGUCGUGUUAUGGAUAUAUGUUAUUGUGAAAGGGCUUCAUUAUAUUUAUUAUAAGUUGAUGUUACAGUAGGGGUUUUGUUAUAGUUGACAUUAGAGUAAAAAGGCAUUUAAAUAUUUAUGAAAAAUAGUGAAAAGACUCUAAACUAUGUUUUUGUUAAUUUAAAAAAGACACAAAGUUAUUUUUAAGCUAAGUUUUUGCUAUAUACGAAAAACGCUUUGAUAACCUACAACAAUAUCAGAAACUUUUAACUUCCAACCUAAUCCAAUUUUUUCGAUCUAUGUGUCAAAUUGACACUUAUAUUAUGGUUAGUCCAGCGAAUAAUAGUGUUGCUGUAUUAAUUUUAAGUGUAAUUUUAAUUUAGAGCUCUGUGAAUACGUUUGAUCACCUAAAACAAUAUCUGAAAACUUCUUUUUAUAUCUCGAAGAUUAUCUUACUUAUUUUUAUGGUUUAUAUAUUAAAUUGAACUUUAUUUCAUGCACAAUUUAGUAAAAAAUAAAUUAAUAGUCUUUCUAAGUUGUUCUGAAGAGCUAUACCUUAUUUUAGAUGUUGACUUUGAACUUAUUUUUGAUUUUUGAAAGAAUCACAUUUUUAAAUUGACCUUUUUACUCCGAAAUAAUUUCUAACCCGCAUUUAAAAAAAAUAGUUUUCAAAGUAAGUCAAGGUUUGUAGCAUAUCUUUAGAAUAUUUUGUUACCUAAACUUAUAUUUAGGUAACAAACAGUUUUUUUAAACAAUUUCAUGAAAACCCUUUCCAGUUAAUGUAAAAUGGACAGCCACAGCGCAAGGAAAGCCCGAACUGCCAGUUUGGAUUCAUUUAGCCAAAUCGAGACAUCAAGUUAUUGCCUAUUUGGUCGGAACUCCGGUAACUCCAUUGCCUCAGGUCACGAUCCAUAUUAUUGCAAGGAGGACUGACACAUACGAGUCGGCUAGCCAAUUCAUCACAAUAUUGUUGGACGAGGACAGUAAGGAGGCUUUAACUUUAAAUUUUUAAUAUUAUAUUGGGUUGUUCAAAUAAUUUUGUGCCUCUUUCAAAGCAAAUUUUUGGAAUUAAGGGGAUCAAAAUUAUUUGAACAACCACUAGAUUUUUUUUAAUUUAAAAAGAAUUUUAACUUAAAAAAAAUUCGAAUUUCAGUCCGAUUCAACACGACAACUCAACAGCUAGUCGAGAUCAAGUUCAAGAAUAUUGAGCCAGAAGACUUUUACUCGGAUUACAGUAAGAAUAAUCUGAAGCGGUUGGAAAAUGUGAUUCACAGAACGUUCCCAGGAAAAGGUGUGAAUCCAUACAUCUUCAAUAUUAUACCAGAAUUUGUGCCAACAUCAAGGGAAGAGAGCUACACUAACUUCAAUUCGUAUUAUCCUGGACAAAAGUACAAGACUGGGUAGGGCUUUUCAUUUAUUUGGGGGUAAGACAAAAUUAUAAAUAAUUCAAGAAGACGCAAAAAAAAUUUUUUUUAAGCUGGGUAAAAUUUUUUUAAGGAGAGGGGGGGGAUGACAAGGAUUAAAAAAUUUAAAAUGACUUUUUUAAAUGCGGGGCAAAAAAAGUAAAAAAAAGUUCGGGCGGGGUAAAAUUUUUUUUGGGGGUAGAUAAGAUAAAAAUUUAAAAUCAACUUUACAGGAUGCGGAGAGAAAAAUUAAGUUUAAUUUUUUGAACUCUAGUUUUUUUGCUUCGAAAAAAAUGGCGCGACAUUACAAAAAUAAACCAAAAGUGCCUUUUGUUUUGAUGUCCUAUUCCACAACGUAUUUUACAUAUGUUUUCCAGGUCGAUUAUUCAAGUCGGUACUCAAUCUCAGUUCCAUCCGAAUAUUCAAAACUUUGCCAGAUACAAUAAAGACAAUCCAGAAUAUUGUACUAAUAAUGGCUUCAUACCAUUGGACAAACACUUUCGCAAUCAAUUUGACGUUGAUUGGUGUCGAUUUAAUGUGGUAGGUUGAGGGUGGGGUAGGGUAGGUUGACGGGAGGUGAGAAUACAGUAGAGUGAAGUAGAGUAGGGUACGGUACGGUAGGACAGGGUAAGGUAGGGUAGGGUAGGGUAGGGUAGGGUAGGGUAGGGUAGGGUAGGGUAGGGUAGGGUAGGGUAGGGUAGGGUAGGGUAGUGUAGGGUAGGGUAGGGUAGGGUAGGGUAGGUUGACGGGAGGUGAGAAUACAGUAGAGUGAAGUAGAGUAGGGUACGGUACGGUAGGACAGGGUAAGGUAGGGUAGGGUAGGGUAGGGUAGGGUAGGGUAGGGUAGUGUAGGGUAGGGUAGGGUAGGGUAGGGUAGGGUAGGGUAGGGUAGGGUAGGGGUAGGGUAGGGUAGGGUAGGGUAGGGUAGGGUAGGGUAGGGUAGGGUAGGGUAGGGUAGGGUAGGGUAGGGUAGGGUAGGGUAGGGUAGGGUAGGGUAGGGUAGGGUAGGGUAGGGUAGGGUAGGGUAGGGUAAGGUAGGGUAGGAUAGGGUAGCGUAGGGUAGGGUAGGGUAGGGUAGGUUGACGGUAGGUGAGAAUACAGUAGAGUGAAGUAGAGUAGGGUACGGUACGGUAGGACAGGGUAGGGUAGGCAAGUUGUAAUAACUCAUCUUCCGACUAAAAAUCCCCUGCGGGCACUAGUUAAACCUUUCAUAAAGACUUCUUCUAGAAAAACAUGACACUGCUGCGUGGAUUCUACAUUCCAACAACUCCAGCGCCUUCAGAAGAAACUCCAGAAGUCUCAGAAGCAAUUCGAAAAGAUUUGGAAUUGAAAAAGGAACGAUUAGAGAGCAGGCGAAUGGAAGAGACACACAGAGACAAACAAAUGUACCAGUUUCCGUAUUACUUUUGGCAGAGUGUGGUGGUAAGUUUGUUUGUUAAAAAAUUUUUUAUUUUUUUGAUUUUGAGCUUUGUAAAGAAAGUUCUUGUUUUUUUAAGUGUAAACAAUGUUCUUGCAAUUUGUUGUUUUGUAAAGAAAGUUCCUGCCAUUUUUCGAUUUGUAAAGAAAGUUCCUGCGAUUUUCUUUUUUAACUCCAAAUAUCACGUCUUUUUCCUUAUCUGUAAACUACCUUCCAUCAUUUGCCCUUUAAGAAGUACAAAAAAUUUAAAUAUUCAAUUGACAUUUCCGGUGCAGAAUCUGUUUACAAUUACACUUUGAGAGAUCUGACAAUUACAAAUCUUGUUAUGUUGACCACUUUUUCGCGAUUUCCGUUUGAAAUUAAUCUUUUCAGCAGAAAAUUGUGUAAAUCCGUAAGAUUUGUGAGUACUAAACAUGGUUUUUAUAUAAAGGAAGAUUAGUGCAACACUUAGGGAUAAAACUGCAAGAACUUUGUUUACAAAAGACAAUAACUUUUUUAAAAAGCGUAAAAUUGCAAAAACUUCGUUUACGAAGCAAAAUGCAACAUAUUUUGUUUACAACACAGAGAAGCUGUUUCUUGCAAUAUAAAUUGUCAUCCGCAGUCUGCAAAAUAAAUUUUUUGUAAAAUACGUUGUGUGUACUAUUGAACCAAAAAAAGGCGUGAUCUUGUAAUUAAAAACAGUAAAAUGGCAAGAACUUUCUUUAUAAAACAAAAAUGCAAGAACUUUCUUUACAAAACAAUAAAUGGCGAGAACUUUCUUUACAAAAUCAAAUAUGACAAGGACUCUUUACAAAACAAAAAAUGGCAAUAACUUUCUUUACACAACGAAAAAUAUCAAUAACUUUCUUUACAAAAUCAAAAACAACAAGGAUUUUCUUUAUUAAUUAAAAAAUGGCAAGAACUUUGCAAGGCAAAUGUUAAAGCCUGCAGGCUGCGAAAUUAUAACGUUUUUUGUAAAAUCCGGUUGGUUGUUUUCUUACAAAAAAAUGGCGAAACUCUUUACGAGGCAGAAAAUGGCAAUCGUUUUUGUUUCAAAUUUAUUUCUUGUAUAAAUUGUCACUCGCAGGUUGCAAAUUUGUAAAAUACGACAUGGUGCAUUGAUUCUAUGAAAAAUUAAUUUUGUAUUAUAAAACGAUAACAUGGCAAGAACUUUCUUUACACAACGAAAAAUGGCAAGAACUUUCUUUACAAAACAGAAAAUAGCAAGAACUUUCUUUACAAAACAAGAAAUGGCAAGAACUUUCUUUGUAAAACCUAAAUGGCAAAAACUUUUUUUACAAAACAGAAAAUGGCAAGAACUUUCUUUACACAACGAAAAAUGGCAAGAACUUUCUUUACAAAACAGAAAAUAGCAAGAACUUUCUUUACAAAACAAGAAAUGGCAAGAACUUUCUUUGUAAAACCAAAAUGGCAAAAACUUUUUUUACAAAACAGAAAAUAGCAAGAACUUUUUUUACAAAACAAGAAAUGGCAAGAACUUUCUUUGUAAAACCUAAAUGGCAAGAACUUUCUUUACAAAGCAGAAAAUGGCAAAAAUUUUCUUUUGCAACUUGAAAAAUGGCAAAAACUUUCUUUACAAAACGGGAAAUGGCGAGAACUUUCUUUACAAAAUAGAAAUGUCAAAAACUUUUUUUACAAAGCAAAGAACCGCAAGAAAUUUUUUUACAAAGCCCUAAAAAUAAAAUUUUAAUUUUAAAACAUUUUCUUAAAAUAAUUUUCUAAAAUUUGAUUUUAAGGUGCAUUUUUUGCUAUAUUAAGCUCUCUGUUAUGUUCUAAUCCAGCAUCCGGUUCUGCUUUCAAUCUUAAAAAUAGGUUGUUAUUGUACACGUAUUAGCGACGUUUUGGAAUCCAUAAAACUGUAAAAAUAGUUGUUAAUCUGGUAGGAUUACAUCUGCUAAGACUACAUUUAUAUUCCAGUAGAUAUCCAAUUCUCCACUAGAUAUUUACUGCAAAACAUUACUUUUACAUCCAAAACGAUUACAUUCACCAAGAUUAGAUACCGCUUUCUAAAUGUAAAGUCUUAAAUUUACAUCUGAAAGCCUACAUUAAUAUCUCUACCCUUAAUACAGCACAUUCAUUUGCAGAUAUUCCCAUUGCUUGCAGUUCUGUGUAUUGGCUUAAUCCUGGCGCUGAGUAUCAUCUUCUUCGGCCGACGCGAAGGCCAACAAUGGCGCGAUUACAAAACCCCAAAGUGAGUGGAUUUACAAAUGGAUUAAAGGGGGGGGGGUGAUUUUACAAAUAGAUUAUGGGGAAGGGGUGCUUUGGACCUACAUGGAUUAGGGGUGAUUCUGUGUUGUUCCGUUGCAAGAAUUGUUUUUAUCAGGAUAUUGUUGUGGAUAAUAUUCGGCUGACGGGAUAUUGUUGUAGAUUAGGUCUUGUUGACAAAAUAUUGUUGUAGGUAAUAUAGGGAUUGCUAGAUAUUGUCAUAGAUAAGGACUUGUUGAUGCUAUUUUUCAUGGAUAAUAUGGGGUUUGUUGGAUAUUGUUUUAGAAGAUAAGGGUUUUAAUAGAUAUUGUUGUAAUCAAAGCUUGCGGAAGGUUCAGCAUAAGCUAGCCUUACAAUUAAAUUGUUAGUUCUAACGCUAGCCCAGGGGACUAGCCCAGAGCUCUUGCUCAGAGCUUUAGCCCAGUGCUCUAGCCCAGAGCUCUUGCUCAGAGCUUUAGCCCAGUGCUCUAGCCCAGAGCUCUGGCGCACAGCUCUAGCCCAGAUCCCUAGUCCAGAGCUUUAGCCCGAUUCAACCUUUGCGCUUCUUUCUUAGCUCAAGCAACAGCUUUUUCUAUCCUAGGCGAGCUUUGGUUUAGCUAGUAUUAUAUGUUAGCAUGCCUUGCCUUACAUUAACAUUUACCAUGCAAGUCGAAAUUAAUAAUCAUAUUAUCAAUAUUAAUAAAAUAUUUUGUAGAGAACAACUCCACGAAUACCUGAAUGUCCGUGAAAGUCAACGUCACCUCCGUGAAUUGAGUGUUCAACGCCAAAUGUUGUUGAUGAAUGAUCGCAGCAAAUCCAAUACUCCACUAGGAGUUCAAGCCUUUCUCCAACCUAGAGGAGGAACAGCUACUCCAUCAUUAGGUCCGAAACGAAGUCAAACUCAUAGUGAAGCACCUAGAAUUCCAGGAACACCAAGAAGUUUAACAUUGCCAAGGCGUGGGGAAAGUCAGAGACGUAAGUUGGCAUUUGGAUUGUGAGAGGUAAGGCAGGAUAGGAAAAAUUAGAUCAGGGUAGGGUAUGGCAGAGUAGGAUAUGGUAGAAUAGGGUAAGGUAGGAAAAUUAGAGCAGGCUAGGGUAGGGCAGGGUAGAGUAGGAUGUUCAACUAGACAUGGGGAGGACCGGAUUUUUCGGGCUGGGUCGGGUUUUUUGGGGAUUUUCAGGCCUAGCCCGACCUAAAUUUUGCUCUGGCCCUGUCCGUCCUUCAUGUUUAUGAUUUAAAAAAACGUUAGGCAUGGUAAUAUUAAAAACUUUUGGAGACGGAAGUUUGACAUAGCAUAAGAUUAAGUUUUUGUUUUAGUUUACGACGGAUGAAUAUGUAGGAGAAAUCGAAAAUUGAAAAAAAGGAAAUUACGGAAAACGGAAGUUACAGUGUCAUAAAGGAUUGUAAAUCUCUUCCUCGUUCUUAUAAACAACAUUUUCUUUCAUUUUCAAAAUUAAACUUUUAAAAAAUUUAAGGAUUUUGUCUGGCGUUUUUUACAGUUUUUGAUGGUACUGACAGUACAUUUGCAAAACAAUUUUAGUUAUACAAUUUUUUCUACGGUAGGGUAGAAUAGGGUUAAGUAUAAAAAGGUAUUGGUAAAGUGUAGUAAGGCUACAGUAGGCUAGCGGAGGAGGGGUGAGGUAAUACAGAUUAGAGUCAGUAACUGAAAGUAGGGUACAGUAGGCAGUAGUAAAUUAUCGUAUUUUAUGCUGCGACAGGGUAAGAUUACUGUAGCUUAGCUUUCUGUAGAAUAUAGGUAUUGCUCUACCCUACUCUACACUAUUCUACCUCACUCUUUCUCACGUUAUCCUACCUAAACUUAUACUACCUCACUCCACCUUAACUGACCUAACCCUACCCUACUUUCACCUUACCCUUCUCUACUUAGGAUCUCAAAAACACCUUGCUAGCCUUAUUUUAAUGACAUAAGCUUCUUAAAAACCUUAUAUUUACAAGUUAAAAUAAUAUUAUAAAUAGCUAAUACGGCAAUCAUUGAAACUGCUUAAGAAGUGGUAUUUAAAGAAGAUUAAAAUUUAAUUAAACUAAAAUACUUCUUGUAAACAAAAUUUCUUCAGCGGAAGAUGACGAACGUCGAUUUAACACUCGCUCGUCUGUUGGCAAACAGACCGUAGCCGAAGCGGCGUUGGCUACAGGAUCAUCGUUGUGUUUGUAUCGGAAUCCACUCGAACUUGAAGAUGGAGGUCUGCCACAUUAA